AUGACCGACAAAGACCCCUUGCGUUCUCCGCUCCCACCAUCCGACCCACCGCUCAGCCCGAGAGCGAUCCAGUUUGCAGAUCAACUCGAUCCUUCUCCGCGCCCAUCUCGCGACGUUUCACCUAUCAAACUUGGCACACACCACCACCCCGCAACUGCCUCUUCCACUGUCGAUAGGCAGCUCUCUCCCGAUCCACUGCGACGCCCCGUGUCGCCAGCAGCCAUGUCAAAGGAUUACGGCUCCUUUCAACCCGAUUCUUCUUCCCACCGCCCGACGGAUUCGCCCAAUGCAACAUCAACAGGCUACCGUGCUUCUGGCCCGGGAAGGAUCAACUUACCGCCUUCGCCCUAUCUGGGCUCUGGUGCUGACCUGCUCACCCCAAACCAAGACGACGCAUCUGGUCCAUCUGCCACUGCUCGUGCAAGAGCACCUAGCAUGAGUCCUAGCAUCGCCACCUCGGGCCAGCGCCGCAGAAUGUCGUUCAAGAGACGAGCGCCCAGCGUGCAACAACGACAAGGCUUCCUUCAGCGCGCUUCAAUGGGUGUCUUUCCCGGUCAUGGGUGUCUUUCCCGGUCGAAAGCCGUCCGUUGCUGGAACUAUGCUGGCGCCAACGCCAAGGCGCUCCGUCGAGUCCACACUACCGGUGAUCCUAACAUCGUCGGCGCCGACGACGACGACGACAACGCCACUAUCGACCUCGACGCACUCAUUGCCUCUGCUGAAGCACCCUCCAUCCCACGCAUGCUACCCACAGGCAAGACCGACCCCUACUCAACGCCUAUCCCUGCAUUACCCUUCCUGGUGCUCUGCCUCGUUUGCUUUGGCGAGUUCAGCUCGGCCGGUGUCGCCGGUCCCUUCCUGUUCUUCAUGAUCGAAGACUUUGGCGUCGGCGGAGAGAGCGAUGUCGGUUUCUGGGCUGGUAUUGUCUCGGCCAGCUUCUUCUUUGCCCAAUUCCUCACUUCGCUCAUGUGGGCUUCUGUCGCCGAUAAGCGUGGUCGUCGCUUUGUGCUCGCCAUCUCGCUCCUUGGCAAUGCUGUCACCAUGAUGCUCUUUGGUACAUCGCAGAAUUUGGGCACCGCCAUCUUCAUCCGUCUAGCUCAAGGCUUCUUCAACGGCGCUGUUGGGGUGGCCAAGGGUGCGAUCCGAGAUAUCACUGACGAGACCAACGAGGGCCGUGCUUACGCUCAGAUGGGCUUCUGUUGGGGGAUGGGCGGUAUCAUCGGUCCUAUCUUGGGAGGUUUGCUUGAGCAUCCUGCCCAGAAGCUGCCAGGCCUGUUCGGUUCAAGUGAGCUGUUGACAGAUUAUCCCUACUUGCUGCCUUGUCUGGUCGCUGCCGCCUUUACUGCCCUGGGUUCUUUCCUGACCCUCUUUAUCGGCUACGAUGGAGGUCCAAGGACUGGCGCUAUCCAGUUGCCCGAAAAGGUCGAUAUCGAGAGAGCCGCCACCCAAGUCGGCAGCUUCGGAAGGUCUGCAGGUCAACGCAUCAGCGGCUACUUUCAUGGUGCUCGCAGCCCGUUCGAGUCCGACCUCAGCCUCUCGCGCAACUUUGGCAAUGCAGACCAGAGCCACAGCAGGAGCGGUCACUCGACCCCGGACGUCUCGGCACACGCAGUUAGUGGACCGAGCAAGCUCACGCGCACUUUCACCCAGCAGGUCGACUACGAGACCGGUGGCCCGCCAUCUCCGGUCCCAACCGAGGGUACCAUCAUCACGCACAACAACACCGCCGCCAACGACUCGGCCUUCUCGCGUGCUGACGCAGUGGCUGGUCGACAAAGGCUUUUUUCGCGCACCGAGGAGCGACAGCGUGCGAUCCUCGGAUCGGCUUACGGUUACGAUAGGCGUGUGUCGAGGUCUUCCGCUGCACGCGUCGGUGCGGCUAGCGAGAGAGAGCGAUCUAGUGGCGCGAUGCGGGCCGAUUCGUUUGCGCACAGCAGGACGGCGGGACGCACCUCGUUCUCUUCGACCAACCAGUACGCGCCCGAUUUCGAAGAAAUCGGCCAGAGACCCGGCUUGAGCUUUGCACAGCGGUUUUUGCUGGCGCAGGACGACUCGGUGUUUUCGAUCUCGGAUCUUUGGGUCGCGGCAGCCAUCAACGGCGACGAUGCGUACGAGGAUGUGUUUGAAGACGACGACGAGGAUAUGGAGAGUCAGUCGUACGACGAUGCCAGCGUCAACGACGACUCGAUUGCCGAAGAGUCGAUCGACGAGGAGGACGACGAGCCGAACGAAGGCUCGGCGUUGUUGGCGCCGACGCAUUUGGCGCCGAGAAACUUUGCGCAGAGGAAGAUGUCGAGGGCGGGCUUGAGCGAUGCGGGUAGAUCGCAUGCUAGUUCGGCGAGGCCGAGGUCGAUGAGGCGGUCGAGUGCGAGGGUGCCGAGUGUGUAUGCGAAUACGGGCGUGGAGGGUGGACUGCUGUCGCCGGCGUAUGCGGUGUCAUCGCCGUCGGUCGAGGUGAUGGCUGCGUCGUUGGGACCACAGGCGGGACGAUCCGAUAGUGCGUGGGAUCCGACGCUGGCAGGUAUCCCCGAAUCGCACUCGAAUCGCAAUAGUCUCCGUGUACCUCACCGCGAUGCAGCAGGAGGAUCUCCAGCGUCGCAGCGUGGGUCCACUGCGUUUUCCAACGCUAACGCUACGUCUGCUGCGCAUGUUGUGCCUGCUCCGCCAGUAUCGCUGUUCACGCUGCUUCCGGCGACGAUUAUUGCGCACUACGGCUUGAUGGCCUUCCACUCGUCCACAUUCGACCAGGUGUUUAUGGCGUUUCUCGUGACACCUGAGCGGUCCGGCGGAUUGGGUCUCACCGCUUCGCACUAUGCACAGCUCAUCUCAGCUAUGGCGUUUUGUCAGUUGAUCUUCCAGUUCGUGUUUUAUCCACGUGUCGGACCUCCACAGGGUAAGCUUUCGCAUCUCGCCAUGUUGCGCUUGGGUACGGCCAUCUACCUGCCGUGCUAUACGCUCUUCCCUCUACUCAGAGGCAUGCUGCAUCCAGACACAGACGGUUUCGUUAUGGCAGGCAUGAUCUUGUUCGCCAGUCUCAGAUGGCUCGCCAACGUAUGCGCCUUCACAGCAGUCAGCGUCCUCAUCAACGCAAUCACCCCUCCCCACCUUACUCCCCUCGCUAACGGCCUCGCACAAACUACCUCGAGCGCCGCCAGAUUCAUUGGCCCAAUCAUAGGCGGCCUCGUUUGGGCAAAGGGCAUCGACGGUGGCCCUGACAAUCACAACUGGCCCUUCAACUACCACCUCGGCUUCUGGUUCGUUGGCAUCGCCGCUUUCUUAGGCUUCUUGUUCACUUGGAGAAUCAAGUGA